AUGUUCACUUUUCGGCCCAUCGAUGACUGGUUGGUGCUUUGCCAGACGAAGCUGGCCUUCCAAACUUUGAUCCUGAGGUGCAACCUGCAGCAUGUGGCGCAGCAGUCGCAGAUGGAUUGGUUCGAGGAUUUUUUGACCGAUCUGCGACGCGCACGGAAGCGCGACGAUGUCCGACUGGAAUCCAUCGGCUUUGGGGCCAAGAUGAGGCAAGUGGCCAUCGGUUCCAAUUUCCAGAAGCUGCCAAUCAACGCAGUUCUGCAGGCUUUCCGCAACGCGCGGACCCGGCUGCUGUGUUUCGACAAUGAGGGCACCUUAGCCAACGACAAGAGGCACAUGGAAAGAAAGUACACCGCCCACACCUCCGCGUUGACGGACUUAGCAAGUCGAGGAACUGCUCCCAACGAACAUGUCAUGGAUUGCCUCCAGUGUCUAAGUGCAGAUUCCAGGAACACUGUGGUGAUCCUGAGCGGUCGCAACUGUGAAAUGAUGGAGGAGUGGUUUGGCAAGGUCCCCCGUUUGGGACUUGCCGCGGAGCGAGGAUUUUUCUACAAGUUGCCAUUCAGCACCGGAGGACAGUGGCACUGUAUGGUUCAAAAGCCCGACUACUCCUGGAAGUCCUUUGCCUUCGAAAUCAUGCGCCAAUUUGUGAAGAGGACUCAAGGCAGCUUCAUUGAGAAUAAGGGCAGUGCGCUGGUCUGGCAGUACAGAGAUGCUGAUCCACACUUUGGCUCUUGGCAGGCGAAAGAACUGAGCUCCCAUUUGAAGGAGCUCCUGGUCGGCUAUGAGUUGGAGAUUCUCGAGGGCAAAGGCUAUGUCGAGGUGAAGGUGCGGGGUGUCAACAAAGGUGUGGCCGUUACAAAGGCCCUGAACAAGGUCUCACAGAUGUUUGGCGAAGUGGAGUUCGUCUUGUGCAUCGGCGACGAUCGAAGUGAUGAGGACAUGUUUGAAGCCGUGAACCUGAUAGAUCCCACGAAAGAGGAGGACGAGUCGCUGAGCAGCACCACAGAUGACAGUUCUGAGAACGACGAAUGUGGCAUGGCUCGACUGAAAGCCAAGUCGGAGGUCUUGCUGCCCAAGCGCCAGAGCAGUGGAAAGCUGUCCGUCGGUGGAGGCCUUUGUGGACUUUCGCCGGGGCUCAGCGGCGACCUGCGUGGCAGUUUGGGGGGCGGCCUUGCCAGUCUGGGCGAGUUUGCAGAGGAGCAUGCCGGUCGGAGAUUCUUCACCUGCACCGUGGGGCGGAAGCCGAGUGCUGCCAAGUUCUUCUUGGACGACACGGACGAGGUUUCCGAGCUCCUAGCGAGUUUGAAGCAAGUGCAGGAGAAGCAGAACAAGGAAAGCAACCUGGGCACCUGGUCCUACGGAGACGGGCGAGACAGAGGUAGUGCGUUGGGCCUCCCAUCUUUCACCAGUGGCUCGUCACCAUAA